AUGAGCGGCGAUGUCAGCAGCGGUAUUCCCUGGGACGGCGUGCUCGCCUGCGCCAGCGGCCUCGCCUUUCAUUGGCUUAGCUCGCGCAGCGGAAAGGAAGCCACGUCACUCAAGGCAGUCCCAAGGGUGCCCAGGCUGAGAGAGCUCGGAAGAAUGCUGCAAGGCACCAAGGGGUAUUCCCCUCUGAUCGUGGCAGUCACAGGCAAAGUGGGCAGCGACCAGCCAAUCACGUGCGAGAACAGCAGCCUACGUGGCGUCAUCGUGGAGCAGACUGCGGAGCAGUUCUUUCUGAAGCACAACGAUGCAGGCGCGUGGGUGCAGGACUCGGCGUUCCUCAUCCGAAAUUUGAAGUCUGUGCCGUGGUAUAUUGACGAUGGCACGGGCCGAGCCAACGUGGUGGGGGCACGUUCGGCAGCAGGCUUGGAGCUGACGGUUGGCACGGAGGUGUUUGAUGACAGUGGCAAGUCGGUUGUGCGCAGCACUGUGGACUAUCUGCAGGGCAUCAAGGUGCUGGGAGUGAAGCGAGUGGAGAAGGUGCUUCCAGUGGGCACCAGCCUCACAGUCGUGGGUGAGGCUGUGAGGGACGAUCGGGGAAGCAUCACGCUGCAGCGGCCGCACCAGGGCGGCCCAUUCUUCGUCUCGCCGCGCUCCCUCGACGCCCUUAUAGCCUCUCUCGGCACGUUCUCCCAGUGGUGCCGGUGGCUGUCGUAUGGGUGCACGGCCGUGGGUGCGGUGCUGAUAGUGGGGCGCAUCGUGGGGGGCGUGAUGGAGAGGAGGAGACGGGCCGCCAUCAGGAGAAGAGUAUUAGAGGCGGAAGCAGCAGCAUCAGCAGCAAGGGACCAGAACAACUCUUCAGCCUCACAAAACGAUCCUGCCACGUCAGAUGCAGACAAGGAAGCAGCUGACGGGGACUUGCCAGCUCAGCUGCCCGACACCUGUGUGAUCUGCCUGGAGCAGAAAUACAACUCUGUCUUCGUCCCGUACGUCAUUCAGUGCCCGUUUCUACGUGCGGCCACAUGUGCUGCUGUGUGCACUGUGCCGCUCAGCUCACUCUGUGCCCUCUCUGCCGCCGCCGAAUCGACCAAUUAG